CUGCAUAAAAGGACGACAUCACUGAAAAGCUGUUCUAUAAAAAUGGGUUUUAAGAAGUGAUUUAAAAUAAGUUACUGAUUCUAAUGGAGGAACACGGAAUUUAGCUAAUCUCACACGGGGGCGGCAGAAGCUCGCUGACUUCCACUCAGAAUAUUUACCCCCCUCCCCUGUGAUCCGCCCUUUCGCGCUCACCAAACGGCACCGGGAAAUGGACUUCCUCCGCCCUGCCCCGUCUGCUCCAGUGAUGAUGGAGUAGUGAGAAUGCCAGAGCCACGACGAGCCUGAGGACAUUUGCGUUCCCACUUCAUUCCCCAGCUCCUCGUCUCUUGACCCGUGCGGUGCCAUGUUGCGCGUGGUGGUGGAAUCGGCCAGAGGGCUGCCGAAGAAGAAAAUCGGAAGCCCUGAUCCAAUCACCUCGGUGCUGUUUAAGGAUGAGAAGAAGAAAACCAAAUCGAUCGACAGUGAGCUGAAUCCUGUGUGGAAUGAGGUGCUCGAGUUUGAUCUGAAGGGCAUCGGGCUGGACUCCAGCUCCUACAUAGACGUGAUUGUGAAAGACUACGAAACCCUUGGGAAAGAUAAAUUCCUAGGGUCCACCAAAAUCUCUCUGAGAGACCUCGCCUCAGGGCAAAUGAGAUCACUGCCAUCCAAAAAUGUUCCUUUGGUCAAUGCAAGCGGACAGGGUAUUGGAGCGACCAUCGAUCUUGUGAUUGGCUACGACCCUCCAGCCAAUGCCGCGCCGAACCUCAAUGACCCUCAGGCGGGAGACUCCACAGUGGACGCUGGUGGAGGUGGUGGUGAGGAGGGAGAGGAGACUUUACCCGACGGGGGCCUGAGUGGCUCGGCAGGCGUUCCCUCGACACCCGGUCAGUCCGUUAGCCUUCGGAGGAAGAUGGCCCGGGCACAGAAUCGCCACCGACUCGUCAAUAAACCUCAGGACUUCCAGAUUCGUGUCCGAAUCAUCGAGGCCCGCCAGCUGUCUGGCAACAACGUCAAACCAGUGGUGAAGGUGAACGUGUGUGGACAGACCCACAGGACGAGGAUCAAGAGGGGGAACAACCCCUUCUUUGACGAGAUAUUCUUCUACAACGUCCACAUGCUCCCGUCGGAUCUGUUUGAGAAGCACAUCAGCUUCCGGGUCUAUAAUUCCUACUCGCUGAGGGCUGACAGUGUCAUGGGAGAGUUCAAGCUGGACGUUGGUUAUGUUUAUGAUGAACCAGCCCACUGUGUCAUGAGGAAGUGGCUCCUGCUGAACGAUCCAGAUGACUCCAGCUCCGGGGCCAAAGGCUACCUCAAAGUCAGCCUCUUCGUUGUGGGCGCCGGAGACGAGCCUCCGGCAGAGAAGAGGGACUCGUGUGACGAUCAGGACGACAUCGAGAGUAAUCUGCUUCUGCCGGCUGGUGUGACUCUGAGAUGGGCCACCCUGUCGCUGAAGGUGUUCAGGGCGGAGGACGUUCCCCAGAUGGAUGACGCAUUCGUCCAGACCAUGAAAGAGUUUUUCGGGGGAGAUGAAAACAAGAAGAACCUGGUGGAUCCGUUCUUAGAGGCUCGCUUUGCCGGCAAAAAGCUGUGCACUCGGAUCAUUGAGAAGAACGCAAACCCCGAGUGGAACCAAGUGCUGAACCUCCAAGUGAAGUUCCCCUCCAUGUGUGAGCGGGUCAAGCUGACAGUCUUUGAUUGGGAUCGUUUGACAGGAAAUGAUGCUAUCGGCACUACAUACCUAAACCUGGCCAAGAUAGCCUCCUCUGGUGGAGAGAUUGAAGAGGAACAUGCAGUAAAUGGGGAAAUGCCAUCAUACGAAGCUAACACGGGGCAGUCUGAAGUGGGUUUCCUGCCCGUCUUUGGGCCCUGCUACAUCAACCUGUACGGCAGCCCCAGAGAGUUCACCGGCCUGCCAGACCCCUAUCAGGAUCUCAACUAUGGCAAAGGAGAGGGCGUGGCCUACAGGGGCAGGGUCCUGGUGGAGCUGUCCACCAAGAUGGAGGGCAAAGCAGACAAGACGGUCGACGCUAUCCACAGCGACGACAUCCUGGUGGUGCAGAAGUACCAGAGGAGGAGGAACUACAGUCUGUGUGCAGUGUUCCACAGCGCAUCCAUGAUACAUGAACCGGGAGAGCCAAUCCAGUUUGAGGUCAGCAUCGGUAACUACGGCAACAAAUUGGACACAACCUGCAAACCGCUGUCCUCCACCACACAGUAUAGCUGUGCUGUGUUUGAUGGUAACCACUACUAUUACCUGCCCUGGGUGAACACCAAGCCAGUGGUUGUGGUUCUCUCGUGCUGGGAGGACAUCAGCCACCGCCUGGACUCUGUCAACAUCAUCCUCUACAUUGCUCACCGCCUGCAAUCCAACCUGGAGUCGUUUAAAACUGCCAUGUCGGCUAAAGUCUCCGACAACCAACUUGUGGAGGUGUGGCUGAAGUUGCUCAAUCAGCUGAUUGAAGACAUAGAAAGUUUCCCAACGCCGGAGCUGGAGGGCUGCUCCAACCUGACGUCCCUGGACCUUCAGAUCAAGAAGCUACGAGAAAGCUCAUUGACCAGCAUCAAGGACGGAGCCCGGCGCAUGAGGGAGGAGGCCACCGAGAUCCGAGACACGCUGCCGGACCUGGAGACCUGGGCGGAGAAACUCAAACAGCUGGCUGACGAGCCCCAGAACAGCAUGCCUGACGUGAUCAUCUGGAUGCUGCGGGGGGAGAAGAGGGUGGCCUACAGUCGCAUCCCUGCCCACCAAGUCCUCCACUCCACACACAGCGACCAGGCGUGUGGGCAGCACUGUGGCAAGACACAGACCGUCUUUUUACAGUACCCCAUGGACAAGAACAAGGGCCUGAAGGUGCCGGUUCAGAUCCGAGUCAACAUGUGGCUGGGUCUGGCUGCACAUGAGAAGAAGUUCAAUUCCUACACCGAGGGAACCUUCAGCGUGUUUGCUGAGCUGUACGAGAACCAGGCCGAGGUGUUUGGGAGUUGGGGGACCACAGGACUCGUGGGGCGCCACAAAUUUUCCGAUUUAACUGGCAAACUGAAGCUGAAACGAGAGUACUUCCUGCCUCCGAGAGGAUGGGAGUGGGAAGCCGAGUGGUUCAUCGACCCGGAGAGAGCUCUCUUAACCGAGGCCGAUGCAGGACACAAGGAGUUCAUGGACGAGGUGUACCAGAACGAGACUCGCUACCCGGGUGGAGAUUGGAAGCCCGCCUCCGAGCAGUACACCGACGUGAAUGGAGAGAAGAGCCGCAACCCUGCAGAGUUUGAGCGUCCUUCCGGCUGGGUGUGGGAGGAGGAGUGGACGGUGGAUGACAACAGAGCUGUGGAUGAUCAAGGUUGGGAGUAUGGAGUCACUUUCCCCCCAGAUGACAAGCCCCGGUCCUGGGUCCCUGCAGAAAAGGUGUACCACAUCCACCGCAGGAGGAGGCUUGUUCGACGCCGCACCAGAGCUGCAGUCCCUGCAGGAGGCGCUGUGGAGAAGCGGGACCAAGGGGACGUUGACGGCUGGGAGUUCUCGUCUCUGAUUGGCUGGAAGUUCCACAGGAAGGAGCGUUCUUCGGAUACGUUCCGUCGCAGGCGCUGGAGGCGGAAGAUGGCGCCGGAGGACCGGCUCGGAGCCUCUGCCAUCUUCAAACUGGAGGGGGCGUUGGGUGUUGAUAAUGACGAUAAAGAGAAAGGAUCCAAGGACGCCACCAAGAUGUUUGGAGCCAACACGCCCACCGUGUCCUGCACCUUUGACAAGUCUCACAUGUACCAUCUGCGUGUCUACGUCUACCAGGCACAGAACUUGGCAUCUAUGGACAAAGAUAGUUUUUCAGAUCCAUAUGCACACGUCUCCUUCCUGCAUGUUAGUCAGACUACAGAGAAGUUGCGGGCAACACUGAACCCGACCUGGGAUCAGACUCUGAUCUUCAAUGACAUCGAGAUUUUCGGAGACCCCCAGAACAUUGCUCAGCGCCCCCCUGAAGUUGUUCUGGAGUUCUACGACAAUGACCAAGUGGGGAAAGAUGAGCUGCUGGGCCGCAGUGUUUGCGCACCGCUGGUGAAGUUGCAUCCAGGCAUGGACCAGACACCCAAGCUGCUGUGGUACCCCAUUAUCCAGAAGGGUCAGAAGGCGGGGGAGGCGCUGCUGGCGGCAGAACUCAUCCUUAAAGACAAGUCGGGAGAGUCAGAUCUUCCCCUGUUUCCCUCUAAGAGAGGAGAACAUCUCUACAUGGUUCCUCAGGGCAUCCGGCCUGUGGUGCAGCUCACUGCUGUGGAGAUUCUUGCAUGGGGCCUGAGGAACAUGGAGCCCUUCCAGCUGGCCUCGGUGUCUUCGCCCAGCCUGGUGGUGGAGUGUGGGGGGCAGAGGGUGGAGUCGGUUGUCAUCAAGAACAUGAAGAAGAGCCCCAACUUCCCCAGCUCGGUCCUCUUCCUCAAAGUGCUGCUUCCAAAGGAGGAGAUGUACACACCUCCCAUUGUGCUGAAGGUGAUUGACCACCGUCCAUUUGGCAGGAAGCCUGUGGUCGGUCAAUGCACCAUCACCACUCUGGAGCAGUUCAGAUGUGACCCCUAUGUCAUCACUGCAGAGGGAGCCAUGACUUCUAAAAUGGCUAUGAUGGCGUCUCCUUCCAAACAUCUCUCUAUUAACAUGGAGGAGACGAGACCCCUGCUAGAAGUUCAGUUCAUGCACAGCAUGUCAGCUGCUCUCGACAAAAUGGCCUCCCCUACCUCCCACUUUCUUGAAGAGAAGGAAAAGGAGACCGUCGAUUGGUGGAGUAAAUUCUACGCUUCGACUGGAGACCAUCAGAGAUGUGGCCCGUACCUCAAAAAAGGAUACGACACCCUCAAAGUGUAUGAAUGCGGACUGGAGGAUGUCCCAGAGUUCAAAGGGCUGACUGAUUUCUGCUGCACCUUCAAGCUGUACCGGGGCAAGAACGAAAAUGGGGAUACUGACCCCUCUGUGGUCGGAGAGCUAAAGGGUUCUUUCAAGGUGUACCCUCUGCCAGACGACCCAGGCGUCACUCCGCCUCCCCGUCAGUUCAGAGAGCUGCCGGAGAGUAGACCUCAGGAGUGUCUGGUCAGGAUCUAUGUGAUCCGGGCCAUAGACCUGCAGCCCAAAGACAAUAAUGGCAGAUGCGAUCCAUACAUAAAGAUGUCUCUGGGUAAAAAGACGAUUGAUGAUCGAGACCAUUACAUACCCAACUGCACGAGCCCUGUGUUUGGAAGGAUGUUUGAGAUGGCGUGUUACCUGCCCCAGGACAAGGACCUAAAAAUCUCCAUCUACGAUUAUGAUCUUCUGAGCCGCGACGAGAAGGUCGGCGAGACGGUGAUAGACCUGGAGAACCGCUUCCUGUCCCGAUACAACUCCUACUGUGGCCUGCCCCAAAGCUACUGCAUUUCGGGCAUCAACAAGUGGCGGGACCAGCUGAAGCCGUCUGAGGUCCUGGAUAACCUGGCUCGGCUCAAAGGCCUGUCCAAGCCCAGGACGGAAGACAACGGCACAUCCAUGGUCUUCAAUGGCAAAGAAUACACACUGGCUCAGUUUGAGAACAACAAGGAAAUUCACGAGCACCUCGGUCCGGCCCGGGAACGCCUCUGUCUGCACGUGCUCCGAAAACAAGGACUCGCCCCCGAACACGUGGAGACCCGGACCCUUUACAGCUCCUUCCAGCCCAACAUCUCUCAGGGACGGCUUCAGAUGUGGGUGGAUGUUUUCCCCAAAAGCAUCGGCCCCCCUGGACCUCCCUUUGACAUCACGCCACGCAAGCCUAAGAAGUAUAUCCUGCGUGCGGUCAUCUGGAACACCACGGAUGUGACCUUAGACGAGACCAGCAUCACGGGAGAGCACAUGAGUGACAUCUACGUCAAAGGCUGGAUGCCGGGCAUGGAGGACAACAAGCAGAAGACUGACGUCCACUACAGGUCUCUGGACGGAGACGGCAACUUCAACUGGAGGCUCAUCUUUGACUUUGAGUACCUGCCGGCUGAACAACUCUGCCUGGUUUCCAAGAAGGAGCAAUUCUGGAGUCUCGACAACACAGAGUUCAGGAUUCCCCCCAAGCUUAUUGUCCAAAUAUGGGAUAAUGACAAAUUCUCACUGGAUGAUUACCUUGGCACUGUGGAGCUGGAUCUGCGUAACCUGGUGGCUCCUGCAAAGACCCCAGAGAAGUGCUCUCUGAAGAUGAUGGAGGAUUUGGAAACGGGAGCUCCACUCAAGUCGGACCAAGCCAAGUCUCUGUUUGCUCAGCAGUCGGUCCGAGGCUGGUGGCCGUGUUCUAUCGAACAAGAUGGACAGAAGGUCCUGGGCGGAAAGGUGGAGAUGACGCUGGAGAUUGUCGGUGACGAACAAGCAGAUGAGAAACCUGCAGGAAAGGGCAGGGACGAGCCCAAUAUGAACCCCAAACUGGACCCUCCCAAUCGCCCAGAAACGUCCUUCUUCUGGUUCACCAACCCAUGCAAGACCAUGAAGUUCAUCGUGUGGAGAAGGUUCCGGUGCCUCUUCAUCGGACUCAUCCUCCUCACCAUAGUGGUGCUCUUCCUCGCCAUCCUGUUGUACUCUUUACCGAACUACAUCUCAAUGAAGAUCGUGAGACCACUACAAUAACCCGGAGCGGUGGACUCAAAGUCGACAGGAUGGUCACACUAACCGUCCACGUCUACUGCCAAACAAUCUCGCAAUCUCUUUUUGUACUGCCUCUAGUAUUUUAUAAAGAUCUAAAUGGGAUGGGGCGCUUGCACAAUUGCACUCUUAUAUUUUACUAUGAGCACUUAUUCUACACCGCUAAACUGAGAUUCUUUAGCAAUACACUUGUAAUGUUUCCAACACUGAUUUCUAACACACACACACCCCUAGAACCCAUUGUAUAGUUUAAUGACAACCGUCCUGUAAUCGACUCUUAAUUGUUCAUUUGAUGGUAAAAGUGAGUGCAAGAAUUUCAGCACUUGGGUUUAUAUGUAUGCGAUUGCACAUUAAGGUCAGGUGUUUCUACUAUUUUGGUAACUUAAAUGUAAAUUUGGUGAUUAACAGCAAUUUGAAAUGAUUACUAUGAAAAAAGUUUCACCACUGUAUUUAUUACAGGACUGUUGCAUUACAACAUACAAGAGUUUCUAGUCAACGUAAUCGUGCCAAAAACAAAUUAAGACUUUACUCGUGUUUACCGUGUCCGUCUUUUGUAUAUUACAUUUUCACAAGUCUUUUAAAUAAAUAAUAAUUAAACUGG